AUGCGUGCCACAUUCCUGUUUAGUGGUUCCAUGCUUUUACAAUUGCUUCAAGCGGUGAAUAGGAGAGUUUUACCAGGCGGCUGUGCACAGAGUGCAGCUCUUGUGUCGAACGAGGGAGCCACCCCGGUUGUCGAUGCCAUGAUCUCGCUGCAGGAAAGGGCUGUUACAACAAUCACAAGGACAUCGACAACUAUUGAUACGACGGACUGUUCUUCCACCGAAACCACACUACAGACGUCGUCUCUCCCACGCACUACUGCCAAGGAAAUGGAUUCGGAUUCUUUACCUCUGACGACCCUUCCAACGGCUACUUCGACUACGGCAAAUGUAAGAAGUUCCAAAUCCGAAGAGUCCUCGAGCCAGCGCUCCGCAUCUACCACGGAGAUUCACCUUAUAACUGCCACCGAGGAAUCAAGCACGGUGACCACGUGGGAAUACAGCACCAUAGUCGAUACUGUGACUGCGAGCGGUUCAAUCACCACAGUAAAACCAGCCAUAUCGAAGAGUGUCUUGACAGAGUUAAUGGCGAAAACGAUUACACAAUCAGUGGUUGAAACGCAGCCUGUUCAAUAUCUGACCGAGUGGCUCACCGUGACUCAGCCAGGGGAUGCUACCACUAUUAUCCCCAACGCCAACACUGAAGUACCGAAGUCAGGGGACUCGGUCACCGUCAGGCCCUCAAAUUGCGCUAAUAAUACAGAAUUCGAUAGCGUUGAUGCUUGCGGGGGCAACAGUCAUACGAGCUUAAGAUCACAAACAGGGCCUAGUCCCUAUCAAGAGCCAACCUCCUCGAGCUCAAUAUCGAUCUGUCCGAGCCGGAUUAUAAACCCCACUUAUACACCUGCCACGGCCCUCCCGACAGAUUACACCUGGGGAUGUCCACCUCGUCAUCUUUGCCAUCCUUCACAUAGCGCUGAAGAUAAUGGAUGCAAUUUCGAAGCGGGACCACCUGCUGAUACGUACUACUGCGCGCCGCAUGAGUGUAUUCCUAGCCCAAAGCUUCUCCCCCCGCAGCACUGGGGCCAGCCUGUGUGGUCCCAACAAGUUGGGCGAUUCAAUACAUCCUGGGGGUAUUUCAACCUCAGCCCCCAUGAAUUUGGCCUAAACUACAGUGUCUUCAACGACACGGACCAGAAUACCUCGCCUAUAAACUAUAGGCGGGACUGGACCAUGCAGAUUCCUGGGAAAUGCUACGAUGAGUGUAAUGACGCUAUGCUGGAAGCGGAAGCUAGAGGGAAAAUGGCUAGCCUCUGUGAUGACGACUCGGCUUUUAUGGUCUUACUCCGCGCAUGUCGAGCCUGCAUUAAAACGGCGCACGUGUCUCAUGUUCCGGCUGAGACGCUUCCAGAAUUUCAGCAAUUUGUCUUCUAUUGUGAGCAGUCGCAUGAUCACUCCUCAUCUUCAUCGUCCCACGAUUCAACACAAACACAACGGCCCUCUACAGCCCAGUCGUUUAUCGCUAUAUCUCAACCAUUCGACACCUCUACUGGAACACGGAUUACGAGGACUCACGAAUACAUUACGCCAUCCUUAACUGGUGCGCUUGGUUCAGCCAGUACACACGCUCCCACGAAGACACCCAGUCGUAGCCUGACCUAUGCGAACGCCGGCCCCGUCAAUCUUUCAUCCAGACUAUGGACGCUGUCCCUGGUUCUUGUUGUGGGGAUUUGA